UUAGCUUCCCCCAUCCUGCAAGGCCACUCAACCAUGUGCUAGCUGGAGUAAUCUUUAUUCACAAUGUCUUUACAAAGGCUCCUGCAACAGAACAGCAAUGGCAAUCUGGUGGACUACUGUGCUGGUCCAUCUUAUAACUCUGACUCCACACUCACAGGCAGCUUCCGAAUGGAUGAUAAUAGAAGGAUUCAAAUGCUGGCAGACACAGUGGCCACUUUGCCUCGGGGAAGAAAGCAGCUUGCUUUGACGAGAUCAAGUUCUUUAGGUGACUUCUCCUGGUCUCAAAGAAAGCUUGUUACCGUGGAAAAGCAAGAUAAUGGAACUUUUGGAUUUGAAAUCCAGACUUACAGGCUCCAGAACCAGAACAUGUGCUCUUCUGAGAUGUGCACUCUGAUUUGCAAAAUACAGGAGGAUAGCCCAGCCCACUACGCUGGCCUGCAAACUGGUGAUGUCCUUGCAAAUAUCAAUGGUGUGAGCACGGAAGGCUUUACCCACAAACAAGUCGUUGACCUGAUCAGAUCUUCAGGAAACGUGUUAACGAUAGAGACUCUUAAUGGAACAAUGAUUCUCAAAAGAACAGAGCUGGAAGCAAAGCUACAAGUUUUAAAGCAAACCUUGAAGAAAAAAUGGGUGGAGUUCAGAUCUCUGCAGUUACAGGAACAGCGUCUGCUUCAUGGUGACUCAGGUAACUGCUCGAGUUUGGAGAACAUGGACAUAGAUGAAUCAGUUUUGUUUGGAACCCUGCCUGGGCCCAGCCCUGCCCUCCUGGACCGGAAUCGAUUAUCCAGCGAGAGUAGCUGUCUGAGCUCCAUGACGAUGGACAGCGAAGAUGGCUACCAGACGUGUGUGUCUGAGGACUCAAGCAGGGGAGCCUUCAGUCGACAGACGAGCACAGAUGAUGAGUGCUUUGUCCCCAGGGAUGGGGACGAUUUUCUGAAGAGGUCUUCUUCGAGGAGGAACCGAAGCAUUAGUACUGCCAGUAGUGGGUCCAUGUCCCCCUUGUGGGAGGGCAACUUGUCAAACAUAUUUGGGACCCUGCCCCGGAAAAGCAGAAGGGGAAGUGUCCGGAAACAACUCUUAAAAUUCAUCCCCGGCCUUCACCGUGCAGUGGAAGAGGAAGAGAGUCGCUUCUGAUGGGCUGUCUUGCCCUUUUGUAUUAGCUUAUUUCGUAAAUAUCUCUAGACUUGUUUAGAACAACUCCACCCGGCCUGGUGGGAAACUGUGGAGGGAUUGCAAAACUGAAACCCCAUUUCAUGGCAAUAGUGACCUUUAUUUAAAUUUUUGUGUCAUGAUUUUUGCUUCUUAAGUUGUUUUGUAGCCGGGAAAGCUCUGUUUAUAACCAGAAGGUAGGGGAAUUAAGUCAUAAGUUAGAUACUAUAACAAAUUAAUGCACAUUCCUGCUCAUUUUAAUGCUGCCUGUGAAGGCAAGGGUUAUAUUUAUUUUCUGGAUUAUCUAUGUGAAAAACUGACAACUUUUCAGAGUCAAGUGUAAAUAAAAGAGUGA